AUGGCUCAUUGUCCUGGUCGCAGAUCCCGGGCCUUGAGGAUCGCAACUCCUUGGCCAAGCUUCUCUUCACCGUGUCAUGCAAGGAGCGGGCUCACCGUGGGCGAGGUGGUGAAGCACUGUGAGGCAAUGCCGAAGGAGACCACGGCGGAGGGGAAGCGCUAUGCCAAGGCGCUGUACAAGUUCGUCUCAGGGAAGAACCUCCGCGGCAAGUGGGGAGGCAACGCGCGCUGCUACACCGCGCCAAAGGCAACCCGUGGCCUGGGCCGAUCCAACGAAUUCCAGAGUGUCAUGGGCCUCGCGCGGCAUGCGGGCAUCAGCGGACUAUGA